CGCGAGGUGAACGAGAAGCUUCCCCAUUAUCGACCGCCAUCACCUCUGUCGCCAUCUGCUUACCCUGUCUCGCUUGUAGCAAAGCCCGCGGAAGCUCUAGUGCAGCUCAAAGAGUCUCACUCUCGCUAUUUCCACCGAAGCACAACAGCACCUAUUCGCACAUCCUCGUCGCCCAUCGCCCGCCUCCCGGCAAUACCACACGUUACCAAGAACACGUCAUAUACUCCAAUCAUGAGCGGCAGCAGCGAUCCGGAGCGCGACCACGCUCUCGAGGAGUACAAGGGCAAGCUGCUGGAAUCAAGAGAAUGGGAGGCCAAGUUGAAGGCGCUCCGGUUAGACAUCAAGGGCCUGCAACAUGACUUCGACGUAUCAGAAGAAAACAUAAAAGCGCUACAGAGCGUGGGCCAGAUAAUAGGAGAAGUCCUCAAGCAGCUAGACGAGGAGAGAUUUAUCGUCAAAGCCUCGUCAGGUCCUCGAUACGUCGUCGGCUGCCGGUCGAAAGUCGACAAAAUAAAGCUGAAGCAGGGAACCCGAGUGGCGCUGGACAUGACGACACUCACCAUCAUGCGAAUGCUGCCGCGCGAAGUCGACCCGCUCGUCUACAACAUGUCUCUCGAAGACCCCGGACAGGUCAGCUUCGGCGGUAUUGGUGGUCUGAACGAGCAAAUUCGCGAGCUUCGCGAGGUUAUCGAGCUGCCGCUGAAGAAUCCAGAGCUCUUCCUGCGGGUAGGCAUCAAGCCACCGAAAGGUGUACUGCUGUACGGCCCACCGGGAACCGGAAAGACGUUGCUAGCACGAGCGGUGGCAAGCAGCUUGGAGACGAACUUCCUGAAAGUCGUCUCGUCCGCUAUUGUCGACAAGUACAUUGGAGAGUCAGCACGUCUCAUCCGAGAGAUGUUUGGUUAUGCAAAGGAGCACGAACCAUGCAUCAUCUUCAUGGACGAAAUCGACGCCAUCGGUGGGCGAAGGUUCUCUGAGGGUACCUCGGCAGAUCGUGAAAUUCAGCGAACGCUGAUGGAGCUCCUCAACCAGCUUGACGGUUUCGACUACCUCGGACAGACCAAGAUCAUCAUGGCGACAAAUCGACCCGAUACGCUCGACCCUGCGCUUCUGCGAGCAGGACGUCUGGACCGAAAGAUUGAGAUACCUCUGCCUAACGAAGUUGGGCGUCUGGAGAUUCUGAAGAUCCACGCUAGUGGCGUGCAGAUGGAGGGUGAGAUCGACUUCGAGAGCAUCGUCAAGAUGAGCGAUCAGUUCAACGGAGCUGAUCUGCGAAACAUUGUCACAGAAGCCGGUCUAUUCGCCAUCAAGGACUACAGGGACGCCAUCAACCAGGACGACUUCAACAAGGCGGUGCGCAAGAUGGCCGAGUCGAAGAAGCUGGAGGGCAAGCUGGAGUACCAGAAGUUGUAGAGAAGGGUAUCUCCAGGUCGCGCGCUUGGAAGACAAUGACGGCACGCACGAUGAAAAGAACCCGUCAUGUACAGUAAUGAUAUCUUGGUAGCAGAAUGGUCUAUUCUGCACUCCGCGGCUUAUGGCUUAUACGCUAUCCUGUGGGGCACCGUGCCCAUCUGUCUCUCAAUCUCGCUCAAAGACAUGAGCCGAACCUGCCACCUUAGCUCCAAUUCUCCGAAGUAGUUUGGCUUCUCUGAUACCUUCUUG